GUUGAGAAGGCGGCAGCCGUCCCGGCGCAACAAAGGGGCGGGUUCUCGGAAUCGGAGCGAUAUCAAGCGCGUCACCCCCUCAAGCUGCGGUGGUCGCUCGAAUCCCGCCCGCCCUCUCAGUGUCGCCCUGCGCUGCUGAAGCCGCCGCGGCACCAUGGCUGUGCUCGCCGUGAUCCUGUGCUUGUCGGUGGCGGGGGUUUUGGGGAAUGAGUUCAGUAUAUUAAGAUCACCAGGGUCUGUUGUUUUCCGAAAUGGAAAUUGGCCUAUACCAGGAGAAAGAAUCCCAGAUGUGGCUGCAUUAUCCAUGGGCUUCUCUGUGAAAGAAGAUCUUUCUUGGCCAGGACUUGCUGUGGGGAACCUGUUUCAUCGGCCCAGGGCUACCAUUAUGGUGAUGGUGAAGGGAGUAGACAAGCUGGCUCUCCCUCCAGGAAGUGUCAUCUCAUACCCUUUGGAGAAUGCGGUUCCUUUUAGUCUUGACAGCGUCGCAAAUUCCAUUCACUCCUUGUUUUCUGAAGAAACUCCCGUAGUUUUGCAGUUGGCUCCUAGUGAGGAAAGAGUGUAUAUGGUGGGGAAGGCAAACUCGGUGUUUGAAGACCUUUCAGUCACUUUGCGGCAGCUCCGUAGUCGCCUGUUUCAAGAAAACUCCGUUCUCAAUUCACUUCCCCUCAAUUCUCUGAGUAGGAACAAUGAAGUUGACCUGCUGUUUCUUUCGGAACUGCAAGUGCUACAUGAUAUCUCAAGUUUGUUGUCCCGUCAUAAGCAUCUAGCCAAGGAUCACUCUCCUGAUCUGUACUCACUGGAGCUAGCAGGUUUGGAUGAAAUUGGGAAACGUUACGGGGAAGACUCUGAGCAGUUCAGAGAUGCUUCUAGGAUCCUUGUUGAUGCUCUGCAAAAGUUUGCAGAUGACAUGUACAAUCUUUAUGGUGGGAAUGCAGUGGUAGAGUUAGUGACUGUCAAAUCAUUUGACACAUCCCUUAUGAGGAAGACAAGAACUAUCCUUGAGGCAAAAGAAGAGAAACCAGCCAGUCCCUAUAACCUUGCAUAUAAGUAUAAUUUUGAAUAUUCAGUUGUUUUCAAUAUGGUACUUUGGAUAAUGAUCGCCUUGGCUUUGGCCGUGAUCAUCACCUCUUACAAUAUUUGGAACAUGGAUCCUGGAUAUGAUAGCAUCAUUUACAGGAUGACAAACCAGAAGAUCCGAAUGGACUGAGCUCUCCUCAUGCCACACUUAGGCUAGGGGUUUGGAAAUUGGCCAUUUUAUUAAAAUAUAUCUUUUAGUGUGGUUUAAAGUAGAUAGUAUACUUGAUUAAAACAAAUAGCAAAUUUUGUUCUCUAUUUUGUGUGUGCCUGUGAUGUUUUUUUAGAGUGACUUCUAGUAUUGAUGUGAAUCAAAUGAUGUAAUAGAUUCCAUAAUAUGCUUGAAUGUCAUGAUAUAGCCAUUUAAUAAUGUAAUUUCAUUCCGUAUAAUAGAUUUGGAGAUAUGCACUGAGAGACAUGUAAAACACUUAGAGUAGCUUGUUA